CCCCUAUCUAAAAAUCAUAAUUUUGCAGAACUAGAAUAAAGCUAUGUAAACCCAACUCAGAAACUAACCAAAGAAACCAGUUUGAUCGAAGAAAACAAAAACCAGAGUAAAUCUUCUGUUUUAGUGUGAUAAAAAAGUAUUGAGAAAACACCAUUUUUGAUGAUAUUAUUCAAUUCUCAUGUCCUAUAGUAUUUCUUUCUCUGAAACUUUUCUAAAACCCUAAAACCCCAUCUGCUCAAAUUAAUUUAAGUUGACUUCUUUACUCUCAAUCUCAUGCUGUUCUUGGUUUGAUUUAAACUAGUUGAUGGUGUUCAUAGAUUUAAACUUAGGGUAAGAAAUGAUUUCUAUACCACCAAAUAACAUAUGGAUGAGGAGGCAGCAAUGCCCAUGUGGGGAUUGGAAAUGUUACAUGACUCAUGAAGGAGAUUCUAAUGAAUCUUCAACAACAUCCCAGUUCAUAAAGAAUCAAACUUUUCAAUGUGAACCUAUGGUUUCCCCAUAUGUCGGAAUGGUGUUUAAGAGUGAUGAUGAUGCAUUCGAGUAUUACGGAACUUUCGCUAGGAGAAACGGGUUUUCCAUUAGGAAAGAAAGGUCUAGAUUAAGCCCGCAAUUGGGUGUUUAUAAACGUGAUUUUGUUUGUUAUCGUUCGGGAUUUGCGCCUGCUAGAAAACGGCCUAAUGGAGAUCUGCAGCAUAGAGAUAGGAAAUCGCUGCGGUGCGGAUGUGAUGCAAAGAUGUAUUUGUCGAAAGAAGUUGUUGAUGGGGUUUUUCAAUGGUUUGUGGUGCAAUAUAGUAAUGUGCAUAAUCAUGAACUUUUGGAAGAUGACCAAGUGCGGCUUCUUCCGGCGUAUAGAAAAAUUCAAGAGGCUGAUCAGCAGAGGAUUCUAUUGCUUGCGAAAGCUGGGUUUCCGAUACAUAGGAUUGUGAAGGUGUUGGAGUUAGAAAAGGGUAUUCGAGGUGGACAAUUGCCUUUUCUAGAGAGAGAUGUUCGGAACUUUGUUCAAAAUCGCAAGAAAGUUGUUCAAGAAAAUGAUGCUUUACUCAUAGAAAAAAGAGAAAAUGAUAUAAUGGAACUUCUUGAGGCUUGCAAGACUACAAAAGAGAUGGAUGAAGAAUUUGUUUAUCAGUAUACGGUUGAUGAGAAUGAUAAGGUUGAGAACAUUGCAUGGUCAUACGGCAACUCUGUACGUGCAUACGCAUUAUUCGGCGAUGUUGUUUAUUUUGACAUUAGUUAUCACUCUAUCACAUAUGGUAUGCUAUUCGGAGCGUGGCUUGGAAUUGAAAAUAAUGGGAAGAUUAUAAUUUUUGGUUGUGCUCUGUUGCAGGAUGAAACACUCCGGUCCUUUGUUUGGGCUUUGCAGGCUUUUAUCCAUUUUAUGAAAGGGAAAUGUCCACAAACAAUUCUAUCUGAUCUCGAUAUGACGCUUAAGGAUGCCAUAAGUAGUGAACUACCCAGCAGUAAACAUGUUAUGUCGGUAUGGAGUAUUCUACCCAAGUUAUACAGUUGGUUUUCUCUUCCUCUAGGCAGUCGAUAUGCAGAAUUUAAAUCCAAGUUUGAUGAGUUAUAUCAUACUGAGAGCACAGAAGAAUUUGAGCUUCGAUGGAGUCAAAUGGUUUCCAUAUUUGGACUUGGUUCAGAUAAACACAUCGCUUUACUCAGCUCUCUGAGGGCGUUCUGGGCUCUAUCGUUCGUGCGAGGCUACUUUCUUGCUCAAAUGGCAACGACAGAGUAUUCAAAGUCCGUAGAUGCAUUUUUCAAAUUAGUCUGCAGCACGCAAACUUGUUUGCGAAGCUUCUUCGAGCAGGUUGGUAUUUCUGCCAAUUGUCAGAACCGAACACAUUAUGAGAUGCAAUACAUGCUCACGAAGACUUGCAUACCGAUUGAAGAGCAUGCACGUGGUAUUCUUACGCCUUUCGGCUUCAGUGCUUUACAAAAUGAAUUGGUGUUAGCCUUGCAAUAUGCUGUAUCGGAAAUGGCUGACGGAACUUUCAUUGUACAUCACUUCAAGAAGAUGGAACGUGAGCAUUUUGUAAUAUGGAUACCAGACGAUGAGCAGAUACACUGUUCCUGUAAGGAAUUUGAAUCUUCGGGGAUAUUAUGCAGACACGUCCUUCGGGUAUUCAUACAGAAGAACUAUUUCCAGCUUCCUGAAAAGUAUUACAUAAGCAGAUGGCAACGGGAAAGUUCUCUAAUUUUCUAUGAUGAGCAAUUUACUCAAAGUAAUGAUGGUGAAUGGCUUCAAGAAUAUCAGUCUCUUACUGAAACUCUAUUUAAAGAGUCAGCAAUAACAAAGGAGCGCUCCGACUUUGUUCGUAGAGAACUCCCAAAAGAAUUGGCAAGGCUUGUCGGUGAGGUUAGAGACAUGGUGGAGAGUGAUGGAGUUGCUGUAGAUUUGACAUUUUCACCAACUGGUUAGUUUAGAAUCUGGUGGAAGUUCUUUAUGGGGAAAAAUUUCAGGAAUGUACAAGGUGAUGGAAGAUCAUUAAAUAUUUGCUGCUUGUCAUUGGUUCUCCUUCAUGAAAUUCUACUGGAGGCUCCAAAGAAUGCCAAUUCGAGACAAAUGAAUCUAAGGUGCUGUACUCUUUAACAUAUCAGAAAUUUAGUUUCCUAACAAAUCUAAUUGACAGCAGCAGCUUUGAGAGUGAUUGAGUGCAGCAGCAAUAUGUGAAGCACUUGAGACUUAACUUUGCUCUUCUAGGAGUGUAAAUGAAUCGAAUCGAAUCGACUCGCUAGUUACUAAAGGUUGACUCUAAAAAUAUAUAAAAUUAACUUGAUGUUAGGCGAGUUGAGCUCUAGUUCGAGCUACUCGAAUCAAUUGCUGAGUCGAAUUUGAACAUUCAGAUAUUUGGCUCGACGAGCUCGCAAGUCUAUUCGAGUUUUAAUUAAUUAACCCUUUUUUGUUA